ACCCAGAAGGAGAGGUCAAAAGAGAAAGAGGCCUCGAUGACGGACUCUCCUUUCCUUUCUCCGGAGGGUAUAGCUUCCUGGAGACAGGACAAGGGGAAAACAUUCCGCCCCGGGUCUACGCGUCCCCGAGAGGCAAGGUUAUUUAGUACAGCCCACAGGUUUUUUUUUUUUCCUGCCCCGCCCCCUAUCUCCGACCUCAUUUGCUCUCGCCGGCUCCAGGCCGCGAGAGAGCGGCUAGAGAGGCUGGAGGGCGGCUGAGGGCGGGGUUGCUGCUUGCGCGCCCCUAGUGGUAGGAGGAUUCGGCCCCAGGCACCACCCUAUGUGAUCUUCCCGUUUCUCAGACUUCUGGCGCUGGGGUCACCAUCCCCAAGGAGGGAUCCAAAAGGAGGUGGAACGGAGACCAGAGGAGCAAAUGGGACGUGCUGGGAAAAUGCCCCCCCACACACACACACCCGGCCCCCGCCUUUGGUUCUAGAAUCCCUAAUAUCCUGGCAACGGGGCUGCAGAACGUCCACAGACAGCAAGGGGGAUGGCAUCCACACCUACCAGGAAUGAGGAGAAGAAGGGCAGCAGGAUGUCCCAAGCUGCAACCCCCUCGGGUGGAGGUCUGAAGGUUUCAUUAUCCAGAUCUGAGGAAUUCCUGACCCGGAUCAGCACAGAACUCACCAAUGAGGCCUUGUUUAUUGCUGGCUGCCACAUGAACUCUGUGCCCACCAAGGAAAAACAGACCCAGGAUCGAGGGACUCAGAUAUCCAAACACGUGUUCUUCAAGACCCGAGGCACCGAUACCUGUUCUGACAGAAACCGUACCCGCACCAAGGCCCACCUCCUGCCAUCCCCUCGUGACAAGGUAUAUACUGAUUCCACGAAUGACAAGGCCAUUCAGUAUUAACCAAACAUUUAAAGUUCACAGGAUAUGCCAGUCCCGGUUUUAGGAGCUCGGGACCCAGAAAUGAAGGAUACAGUCUCUGCCCUGGAAGAGUUCACAUUUUAGCGUGGUGCCAGUCAAGUAGAUGGUCAAUUACAACAUGAUAUGGAUCAGUGCCUAUAAUAGAAUUGGAAACAACGAGAAGAGUGCUUAUCCCAGCCUUGGGCUAGGAAGGAAAGGAAUCAUGGAGCUUCCUGGUGGAGGUGACAUCUAAAGAAAGAAUCUUCCAGGAAAAAAAUGGGUUGGUCAGGGUAUUCCAAGUGGUAGGGCUUGUAUGAGCAAAGACAUGAGGUGAGUUUCAGCAGAGUGAAUGGGAGUGUGUCUGUGUUCUUAGGGUGGGAGAGAAAGUGGGAUCAGAGGGCAAUUUAGCUGCUGGAGUACAGAGGCGUGGUAGUCAGAGUCUACUCAGAGACCUCAUGCGGGUGUGCCUUAAGAUCAGGAGCCCCUGAAGAGAUUUGAGCAAGGGAGGUUGUAAUUUUAGAUAGUCACUCCGGUGGUCAGUGGGGGGAGUGAGCUGGAAAGGGGAGAUGAGAGGUGGAGGCCAGUUAGCAGUUAUGCCAAGAGACUAAGCUGGUGAGGAUCGGGUCCUGAAUUGUCAUAGUAAUAGUAGAGAUGAGAGGAGGGGCAGAUAUGAGAAAUAAAGACCAGGAAAACUGGGCGCCUGGGUGGCUCAGAUGGUUAAGCGUCUGCCUUCGGCUCAGGUCAUGAUCUCAGGGUCCUGGGAUCGAGUCCCGCAUCGGGCUCCCUGCUCCUUGGGAGCCUGCUUCUCGCUCUGCCUCUCUCUCUCUCAUGAAUAAAUAAAUAAAAUCUUUAAAAAAAAAAAAAAGACCAGGAAAACUGAGUUUGGUCAUUGAGUAGAAAUGGUAGGGGAAAAAAAAAAAAAAAAGGAAAUCAGAUGACCCGCCCCCACAUUUCUGACUUCUGUAACUUAAGUCUGAUGAUAUCAUGCUUCUGCUCUGAACUCCAUGAUAACAAUAGUUACCCGUUUCAGAGGAAAAGCCAGAGUCCUUCAGUGGCUUACAGGGCCUCUCGCCUCCCCCCACCCCACUGUCUCUCUGACCUCAUUGCUUAGAACUGCUCACCUUGUCUCCCUCUGUUCUCAGCCAUGCCAGCCUCCUCAGUCUUCCUGGAGCAUGGCAGCCAUGCUCCCACCUUUGGGCAGGUUGAGUUUGAGGUGCCUCUGGGAAGACCAGGUGGAAAUACCAUGUAGAUAGUUGGAAAUAGGGCUUCAGAACUCACCAGGGAUGUCUGGGCUGGUGAUAGAAAUUGGAUUUAGGAGGGAGUCGGCAGUUGAAGGCUGUGUGGGGGUUAUGCAGAGUAAGCAGGAAGAGGGCGCUGAGGCUGGAGUCCGGAAGAAUCUCUCCAUGUGAGGAGUUGGUGGAGGAGAAGAGAGGGGGUCAUGAGGAAGGCAGAGAAGGAGCUGACCGCAGAUGUUUAUUGAGUGUCCAGUAUGUGCCGGGUCCACCAGGUCUUAUGGAUGGUCAGUUUUCUGGGGCUGCUACUUCCAAUGUUCAUGACCAAGACCAGUGGCACAAUUCUUAACCUCAGGGAGCUGGCCUUCUAGUGCCUUUGGGACAUUUGAACUUUCCCAAUUGGGCUUUGGUGUUAGAAGCAGCUUGAAGUAGCAGGAGAGCCCCAGGCCUUAACAGCUAAUCUGCUCUCAACCUGAUAGUUAGCCUUGUGCAAGUUGCUUCCUUUCUCCCCAUAUGUCAAAUGGGGGCCUUGGACAAGAUGCUCUGUAAGGACCCUACCUGCCCGUACAGUGGUUUCCUGUUCCUUCCCAAAUGGCACUUGAUUGAGAAUUUCAUCCUGAGCCAAUACCCUCUCAUCCUCUGGGCAGCACCCCAUGGUCCCAAGAGACUUUCCCUUCCUCAUCCUCAAGAACAUGGAAGCCUACAGAUCUUUGAACUGCUCCUCGAAUUAUAGGUCCUUGUAGGUGGGCAAAAUAUUGAGUCGGGGAAUGGGUGAGCGGAUGAGCCAAUGCAGAAGGUAGGCCAAUGGAUGAAUGGAUAAAUGGAUGGACAAAUCCACUGAGCGUUUAUUAGGCACUGUGUAUGUACCGGCACUGCUGUAGGGGCUGGAGGAUAGAAGUGAGCAAGGUAGACUCCCUUGCUUUUGAGACGUUUAAAUGGGGGCUGAGUUAUUAGGUGGAAGAGGGCUGAGUGGGUGGACAGGUGAAUGAGGGAUAGAUGGACAGGCAGACGGAUGAAUAGAAUGUGUGCAUGGGUAGAAUGAUGAGUAGAUGUGUGGGUGGAUAAAUACGUGCAUGGAUGGAUGGUGGGUGCAUGGGUGGGGAAAAAUGGGGAAUGGUGGGUGGAUAGAGAGAUGAGUGGGGGAUAGGGGUUGGAUGGAGAGGUGAGGGAUAGAAGGAGAACAUAGGAGCGUUGGGUCCAAAGAAUCAGAAGGCUCUUUUUCUUUUCUAGGGAGCUGGGCUUAGCAGCUUGACAUCUGGAGGAUGACCGCACCCUUCUUUGGUGCUGCUCUUGACCUCUCACGCUCUCUCCCAUUGUGUCCUUCUAGAACAUGCGUCAGACCUCCUCAUUCACAAGUCACUAACACUUCGGUUUGCUGGGGACCCCUGGUCAUAAGCAGCAGUACACUCGAAGCCUCCCAGGUGUUCUGGAACCAUCUCACACCUUUCCACCCGCAGCUGGCAAAGACAUCACCAGAAAUCAAAGGCUUUAAUAAAAAGAGAGAGGUCCUUCCCUCUUCCCAACCCA